AUGGCAUUACCAGCACAAAAUGUCCGACGGUAAAUGCCAAAGCGACGUUAUUGAACCGCUUUGCGCAAAGAAAUUUAAAAAAGACGACCAAAAUGAGAACGGUGUAAAUGAAUCGCAGUUGCAAUUGAGAGACUUUAUCCUCAGCAAAAUACUAAACAACAACACAAAUAGGAAAAUAGUUUGUGCCCUCGGUAAUUUUAAAGACAAAAGUGGAGUGGCGUUGGUUAUCCUGGAGAAAAAUGCUUUCAAAGAGGAAGAACUGAACGAAAAAGGGUAUUUUUCUGAAGACAGCGAGCUGCGCACCUUCUUUCAGAACGAUAUUUAUGGAAACUAUGUGUGUUUUCCCAAUUCGAGUAUAAACGGAGUAAAGACAACAAUAAUCUACCCGGCAACAGAGAAGCACAUAGCUAAGUACAGUCAGCAAGAAGUUCACAUUAUACUAGAGACUCCACAGCUGUACCAGAAGUACACAUUGUCACACCUUGCCAAAGAGCAGUUUAAUUUACAGUGGGUAUACAACAUUCUAGAGGGCAAAAGCGAGCAGGACAGAGUAGUAUAUGAUAACAAGUGUGAAAAAGAAGGUUUUGUUUUACUUCCUGAUCUGAAGUGGGAUGGUCUAACUAAAGAGACAUUGUAUCUGCUUGCUAUCGUCAGGCAAAGAGAAAUAAAAUCAUUGAGAGAUUUGAAUGAGGGUCAUCUGCCUUUGUUGAAGAGAGUCCGUGACGAGGGAAAGAAAGCCAUCCUUGACAAAUACAACGUACCAGGUAGCCAGUUGAGAAUAUAUCUUCACUACCAGCCGUCGUUCUAUCAUCUCCACAUACACUUUACAUAUCUAAAGCACGAGGCACCGGGGAUAUAUGCAGAAAAAUCACAUUUACUCGACGCCGUCAUUGAUAAUAUUGAAAUGAUGAACGAUUACUACCAGAAAGCUACCCUACCUUUCACCAUCCGUGAGAUGGACACCCUUUUCAAUGUUUAUGAAACUAAUGGUUAUAUUAAGAGAAUCAAAGAAAAUAUAGAAUUAAUUGAUAAAUAA